UUGUCGAACCACACAGCUCUACCUUCUUGCACGUGUGGGAAUUAUUUGUUUUGAUAUCCAUUUGGAAUUUUGUUCGGGAGUUGGAAUAGUUAGAAUAUUAAAAGAAUGGUAGUUAUGUCCGCAGAAGGUCCAAAAAAUAAAAAAAUCGUCUUUGAUGAUGAUGGUGAUGUUGUGACCGAGGAGAAACAGCAGAAGAAAAAGAAAAACAAAGAAGAAAAAGCCAACGAUGAGGGUGAAGAUGGUGCUAAGAAACCUGUUAAGGUAAAAAAGGAGAAGGGAGUCCCGAAGCACUCAAAGAACGAUGAUAUUGAUGAUGCAGAGACACCCAAGAAAUGGUAUGAGGUGUAUUCCCAAUAUCCUUCCAGCGAUGAAAUUUUGGACAUGAAAGACAGUGAACAAAUGGAGCUGCACAAUCUGUGCCGCACCUCAUAUGACCAGGAAAAGUCGGCAUUUAUGAAAAAAAAUCCCUCUGAUGCACGUUGGUUACAGACGGCCCUGCAUAAAGGUACUGCCAAAGAUCGUGCAAAUGCCGGUGCCUUAUUGGUAACCAGUAACCCCUUGGCCAAUUUGGAAGCCCUAUCCACAUUGAUUGGUUUCACCAAAAUGUCCAAUAAAUCAUGUGUUGAGGUCAUAACAAUCAUAACAGAUCUCUGGAAGGAAGUACUUUUGCCGGCCUUUCGUAAAUUGUAUUCCAUACAAAUGCGUGGUGCCGAUUGGAAGGCUGUACGCAAAGAUACCAAUCUAACAAAGGAACAACAGAGAAAGAUCUAUGCCUUUUGGCAUUUUGAAAAUGAGCUAAAGGAUUUGUAUUUUGAAUUUCUCAAAAACCUCCAACAAAGUCUGCAGGGAGGCCAGGAAAACAAUAAAACAACAUCCAUUGUGGCGGCAUCCCAACUGCUUAUGUAUGCUCCGGAAAAAGAACAAAUGUUGCUGACCAUGCUCAUUAAUAAGUUGGGUGAUCCCUUGGCAAAAGUGGCUUCAAAAGCUCUACAUCAUCUGACCGAUGUGGCCCACAGACAUCCAAACAUGUGUGGUGUAAUUGUAACAGAAGCUGAAAAGCUACUCUUCCGUAACAACAUUUCGGAAAGGGCCCAACAUUUUGCUCUAUGUUUUUUGGCCAGUAUUGCUCCAGCCGGCAGGCCUGAAGUUUGUACAAAAUUGGUGAAUAUUUGUUUUGCCUUGUUCAAGGUAUUGGUGCAAAAGGGUGCUGUGAAUAGCCGUACCAUGCAGGCCAUUCUCAGAUGUUUGCAAAAGGCAAUUGUGGAUGCUAAGCCCACAGAUGGCAAUAAAGAGCUGCUAAGUAAAGAUAUGCAAGAUACAAUUUAUCGUCUGGUCCAUUUGGCCGACAUACAUGUGUCCAUACAAACGUUGGGUUUAUUGCUGCAAUUGGUUACGGUCAAGACGGAAAAGGGUGAUCGUUUCUAUAAUGCUCUCUACAAGAAGUUAUUGGAUAUGGAUCUUACCACAAUUGGUAAUAAGGCGGCUGCUCAGCUCUUGCAUAUUGUACAUCGUGCGGUGUACAUUGAUUCACAUGUUCCACGUGCCCAAGCCUUUAUUAAGAGACUCCUUCAAUUGGCCUUGUAUACUCCCUCAAAUGUGGCAGCCGGUUGUUUGAUUGUCAUACAAAAAUUGCUACAAACCCGCAAAGAAUUGUGCCCAGAUUAUGUUAAGAAAAACUCAGAUAGCAAAGCUUCUGUUACCCCCCAAAUUCUUCCCACCGAUGAAGAGUUAAAUAAAUUCGAUAGUGAUGGUGAGGAAAAGUAUGAAGAUGCCCCAGAGGAAGUUACAACAAACGAAUCAAAUGCUGAAGAUUCGAAGGCAGUAAAGACAGAGGAUAAAAAAUCCGGUUCAUCUUGGCAUCACACCAAGGUGGCGGAAAACAAAAACGGAGAGGCAAAAGUAAAAGAGUUAGCACCCAGUAAAUAUGAUCCCUUCCAUCGAGUGCCUGAUUUCGCUGGGGCCGAAUUUGCCUUACAAAAUGAGUUGCUAUUGCUACGCAGGCACAUACAUCCCACAAUUGAAGUGUUUGCCGAAAGUGUUUUGAAUAAUAAACGUAUUGACUAUUAUGGCGACCCACUGAGAGAUUUUGGUUUGGCCCAUUUCCUGGAGAGAUUCUCAUUUAAAAAUCCCAAAAAGUUAGAUGAUAAAUCCAGUGCUGCUCAACAUCCACUGGCACACAAGUCGUAUAAAUCCUUCGGAACCCGUGGCAUGCCCGUGAAGUCCCUCACAAAAAAUAACUGCACCGAGGAGGAAAUGUUUAUCUUUAAUUACCUUGAACACAAACGUAAACAAGCUGAAUUGGUGAAAACCAAAUCCACUGAAGAUGACGAUGAGGAAGAAGGUGAGGGUCUACAGGCCCGUGAUGUAGAUGAUGAUGAAUUUGAAGAUUACUUGGAUGGCUUUUUCGGUAAGAAAUCGAAAAAGGCCAAGAAAGAGGAGGAUGGGGUUGUCAGUGAUCCAGAAGAAUUAGAUUUCCUCAAAGAUUUGGGUGUGGAGCCAGGCAAAUCGGAAGCUAAACCUAAAAAAUCCAAAAGCAAAAAGAAAUCUGCGGAUGAAGAUGAUGAGGUUGAGGAUAUUGAUGCCGAUUGGGGUGAUGAUGAUGAUGAUGAGGAACUGGAUGAUGAAGAUGUGGAAUUUGAGGGUAAUGAGGUGUCCGAUGAUGAAGAGGCUUCAAUUGACUUUAAUGAAGAUGAGGAUGAUGAUGCCGACGAUGAUGAUAUGGAUGAAGAUGAGGCACUGGAUGGUGAGGAAGAUUUCGAUGAUGGAGCCUCUAUGUCGGAUGAAAUGUCUGGCAGUGAUAGUGGGGAAGAAGAUGAUGACGACGACGAUGAUGAUAUGCUACCACCCAAGGCCAAGAAAUCCAAAAAGGAUGGUUCGGAAUUAAAUGAACGUUCAUUUGCCAAGAAAUUGAAACACAGUACAGACAUGAGCUCCUUGUUCGCUGCAGCCGAUGACUUUGCUGAACUCCUCGAAGAAACUGGCAAGGUCAAGGGCCAGGGUACUUCAAAUGCCGUUUUCAACAAGGAUAAAUCGUCACAGAAACAAUUGAAAUGGGAAGAGAAGCGACGAUCAAAUGCCAAAAACUAUUCCAACAAAUCAAAGCCAAAGGGUAAAGGAAAGUUUUCAAAGAGGAAAUAAAGUAAAUGAAGUUGAUGGAAUCUGUAAUACAGACAUAUUAAGUUUUCAUUAAUAUGUGAUUUUACAGAAAUGAAUUAGAAACUAUUGUUUAUAGUAUGUAAUUUUUAAUAAAGUUAACCUCAAAAAAUCACAAA